UAUUCCGUAAGUCGACCAACGUGUCCUGACUGAAUGUAAAACACCCACAAAACUAUUUUUAUAAAAUAAAAUAAAAACCUUGGCAAAUCAUUAGCACAUACUUGAAGACAUCAUGACUACAAGGGGGAAGAAGGGUCAUAAAUACACUUUGGCAUUAAUGGUGACCUCUGCAGCUAUUGGGGGAACACUACAGUAUGGAUACAACCUGGCCAUAAUGAAUGCACCUACUGUUUUCAUUCAAAAGUUUGUCAAUGAGACAUUUCAGGAGAGAUGGGGAAUACAGUUGGGGGUUUAUGAGGUCACUCUGAUAUGGACCUUUAUAGUGUCUAUUUUCUCAUUGGGCGGCUUUAUUGGAGCCCUGAUAGCAGGGCCAAUGUCUGUCCGUUUCGGGAGGAAGAAGACUAUGUUGCUGAACAAUGUGUUUCUUAUAUCAAGUUCACUGCUUGCAUUGCUGAGCCGAACUGCAAAGUCAGUUGAGAUGAUUAUCAUCUCCAGAUUUUUGGUUGGCAUAAAUGCAGGCAUCAGUAUGAAUGUACAGCCCAUGUAUUUUGGUGAAAGUGCACCGAAGCACUUACGAGGAGCUGUGUCUCUGUCCUCAGCUGUCUUCACUUCAUUUGGACUGGUGUUGGGACAGGUGGUCAGUCUGAGUGAGGUGUUAGGUGGUGAGCCGUGUUGGCAGUACUUAUUGGCCAGUAAUGCUAUCCCAGGCUUCAUCCAACUCCUCACCUUGCCCUGGUUUCCAGAAAGUCCCCGCUACCUCCUCAUUGACUGUGGAGACAAAGAGGCCUGCCUAAUGGCACUGCGGCGUCUGCGAGGCUGUGAGGUGCAGAGAGAAGAGCUGGAUGAGAUUCUGCAGGAACAGAAUGAAACCAAGGGAGAACGUGCCAAACAGCCGUGGGAGCUCUUCACUGACCGCAGCGUUCGCUGGCAGCUCAUCUCUGUGGCAGUCUUGAGCAGUGCAAUGCAACUGUGCGGUAAUGACUCGAUUUACUUCUAUGCGUCAUAUGUGUUUCAAGAAGCGGGAAUAUCUGCAGGACAAAUCCAAUAUGUGACCAUUGGCACCGGGAUGUGUGAAUUCACAGCUUGCAUUCUGUGUAACUUAUUGAUAGAGAGGCUGGGUAGGAAGCUGAUGUUAAUGGGCGGCUAUGUUCUCAUGGCAGGAUGGGCUGUAGUCUUCACUGUGGCUCUUUCACUUGAGAGUAUGGUUACCUGGAUGCCUUACCUGAGCAUGACCUGCAUCUUCACCUACAUUCUGAGCUUUGGAAUGGGACCAGCUGGGGUGACUGGAAUCCUUCCAACAGAGAUUUUUAACCAGACAGCGCGUCCUGCUGCCUACAUGACCGCUGGAUCUCUAAUGUGGCUGAACCUCUUCAUUAUCGGGAUGAUCUUCCCUUUCCUUGUGAGCGGUUUAGGACAGUAUUGCUUUGUGCCAUUUGGGGCUGUAUGCCUCCUGACUGCUUCAUUUAUUCAGAUGGUUCUACCUGAAACCAAGGGAAAGACCAUAGCGAUGAUCACUAAAGAAUUUUACAGACUCAACUACCGUGGACACGUCAAAAUGGAUCCAGAAGUAGUACAAGCCCAGUACCAACUAGGGGAAGUCUUUCACUCCACUGCCUUAUAGUGUGUUAAACAUCAGCUAAAUUAAUAUUUUUAGAAGAAUAUCUUUAAGAUUAUGCCUUAAUUGUUCUUCAUCCCACGGUGAGUUUACAUCUUGUCAUGUUCAUUUUUAUAUGUAUUACUUGC